AUGCCAGAACUAACUAGCCAAGAGCAAUGGAUAGAUAUUGCAAAUAAGUUUUACAAAAAGACUAACUUUCCAAAUUGUAUUGGAGCAGUAGAUGGGAAACACAUCAGAUGUAUAAAUCCAAGAAAUGAGGGAUCUAUGUUUUUUAAUUAUAAAAAAUAUUUCUCUAUUAUUUUAAUGGGUGUAGUAGAUGCAGAAUAUUGUUUUACGACCAUCGACGUCGGUGCUUAUGGUAGAGAGGGUGAUUCUACCGUUUUUAAAGAAUGCCCGUUUGGUAGAAAACUGUAUUCCGAAGAACUAAAUCUUCCCGAACCGGUGUGCCUACCUAAUACCACAGAUUCCCCGCAACCCUUCGUUAUAGUAGCAGAUGAAGCUUUUGGCCUACAUAAAAAUUUAUUGAGACCGUACCCAGGACGUGGACUCAAUGAUAAAAGAAAAAUUUUCAACUAUAGGUUGUCGAGGGCCAGGCGAUAUGUGGAAUGUGCUUUUGGCAUUCUAGCGAAUAAAUGGAGAGUUUUACACACCCCAAUAUUAGUCGAACCAGAUUUUACUGACUGUAUCGUGAAAGCAUGCUGCAUUUUACAUAACUAUGUACGAAGGAGAGACGGAUAUCAAUUUGAAGAUACACUUUUUAAUAAUUUGGACGAUAUUCAAAACCAUGGAAAUUCCGGAGCUCGUCACGAAGGGAUUGAUGUACGAGAAUAUUUCGCAGAUUAUUUUGUAAACGCUGGGUCAGUUCCAUUUCAAAAUCGUUUUACUUGA